CCGGCACUGGUCACCUGCACGCAUCGUUCACAUCAUUUCCUCUAUAUAAAUCAAAAUUUAUUCUCUCAAAGUUCUCAUCCAAGCUUUUUCUUAAUCAACCAUGGCUCUCUCACAGCUCUACUUGAGUUUUAUUCUUCUGGUUCUCUCUUACAAGGCUAUUUCCACUUCACAUCACCAUACCAAUGGACUCAAAUCCCUUCACUUUUCACUAUUUCAACACGAAACCAUAAACAAAACUGGCUUUAUCAUAGUGAAUGGUGUGGCCGGGCCAGGAAUAAGCCAAACCACCACGCCUUUCGGCACCCUGUUUGCAUUCCAAGAUCCCUUGACUCUUACACCAAAUUUGAAUUCUAAGGUUGUUGGAACAGCAGAAGGAACCUCCGUCACUUCUGGACUGGAUGGGCUUCAGAGCAUUUCCAUUGCUAAGAUAACUUUGAAUGUGAAACGCCACAAAGGAUCCAUCUCAGUAGUUGGAGGCACACACAACAUAAAGCCUUCUGAUCAUCCCGUUGUGGGUGGCACAGAAGAUUUUCUGUUUGUUCAAGGUUAUGUGACAUCGUCUCCGGUGAAUCUCACAGGGCUGACAGUCACCUACAGAAUUGAGUUUCACCUUUUUUGGCCUCCAUAUGCAAAUUUCAGAUAAACAUUCCAAGUUCACAGAGGUAUGGAACUAGGUAUUAUUUUAAUGUAGAAGAUGACUUGAGGUGUCUAAUAGCAAACACAAUAUUAUUUUUAAGAUUAUUAGAUGCUUGAGAUUCGUUGCAAGUGAAUAAUUCAGCAAGGAGAAUCGAAAUUACAAUAA